AUAGAUUAGAUAAUUAGGUUAAUUUUCUAUGUAAUACUCUCAACCACUUUUACUUUUUCCCCAUUUGUUUUUCAUUUCUCACUAAAAUUAUCUAUCUUCCCAAGGUGCAGUCCCUGGUACUAAAGAAAACCUUUACCAUUCUUCCACGCUCUCUUGAGUUUUGGCUUUCACAUUCACACUCCAUUCUCUCCUCCACACACAUGACACAACGAGAGAGAGAGACUUCAUUGCUCCUGUCAAGCUUUCUUCAUUCUCAUUUGGCUUUUUGCGUACUGAAAGGUAAGCUCUUUAAAGCCCCACUUUUGCAUUUUGCACCCUCCAAUGGUCACUUUGUUUGUAGACAUGUUCUCUUUGAGUUUCCUGGUUCUUGUUCUCUUUAACUCUUACAGUCUAGUGACUUCUUUGAAUAGUGAAGGGUAUGCACUAUUGUCGUUUAAGCAGUCUAUUAACGAAGACCCAGAAGGGUCUUUGAGUAACUGGAACUCCUCUGAUGACAACCCUUGUUCAUGGAAUGGGGUUACAUGCAAGGACCUUAAAGUCAUGUCUCUCAGUAUUCCAAAGAAGAAACUCUAUGGGUUUCUUCCUUCUGCUCUUGGGUCACUCUCUGACCUUAGACAUAUAAAUUUGAGGAAUAAUAGGUUCUUCGGCCCUUUGCCUGCUGAGCUCUUUCAAGCUCAAGGACUACAAAGUUUGGUCCUUUAUGGGAAUUCCUUUUCUGGGUCUUUGCCAAAUCAGAUUGGCAAGCUCAAGUACCUCCAAACCUUGGAUUUAUCCCAGAAUUUCUUCAAUGGGUCAAUACCCAAGUCAAUUGUUCAAUGCAGGAGACAUAGGGUCCUUGAUCUCAGCCAAAACAAUUUCACUGGUUCUUUGCCAGUUGGGUUUGGUACUGGUUUGGUUUCCCUUGAAAAACUUGAUCUUUCGUUCAAUAAAUUCAAUGGUUCAAUUCCUAGUGAUAUGGGAAAUCUGUCUAGCUUACAAGGGACUGCUGACUUGUCACACAAUCUCUUUACUGGUUCAAUCCCAGCUAGCCUUGGAAACCUUCCUGAGAAGGUUUAUAUUGAUCUAACUUAUAACAAUUUGAGCGGUCCAAUACCUCAAAAUGGUGCUCUAAUGAACAGAGGUCCUACAGCAUUUAUUGGAAAUCCUGGUCUCUGUGGCCCUCCAUUGAAAAAUCCAUGUCCUUCAGAUACCGCCGGUGCGAGUGCACCUUCAGCAAUCCCUUUUUUGCCUAAUAACUCCCCCCCUCAAGAUUCAGAUAACAGUGGCAGAAAGAGUGAGAAAGGAAGAGGACUGAGUAAGAGUGCAGUUGUUGCGAUAAUUGUGAGUGAUGUCAUUGGGAUUUGCCUCGUUGGAUUGUUGUUUUCGUAUUGUUAUUCUAGAGCUUGUCCACGCCGUAAGGAUAAGGAUGAAAAUGAUAAUGGUUUUGAGAAGGGAGGGAAGAGAAGGAAAGGGUGCUUGCGCUUUAGGAAGGAUGAGUCCGAGACUCUAUCUGAGAACGUGGAGCAGUGUGACCUUGUGCCACUGGAUGCGCAGGUGGCUUUUGAUUUGGAUGAGCUGCUUAAAGCGUCUGCUUUUGUUUUAGGGAAGGGUGGAAUUGGGAUUGCUUACAAAGUUGUGCUUGAAGAUGGGUAUACUUUAGCUGUGAGAAGAUUGGGCGAGGGAGGCUCCCAACGAUUUAAGGAAUUCCAAACGGAAGUGGAAGCAAUUGGCAAGCUAAGGCAUCCUAAUGUUGUGACUCUCAGAGCAUAUUACUGGUCUGUUGAUGAGAAGUUGCUUAUCUAUGAUUACAUACCGAAUGGAAGUCUUGACACAGCACUUCAUGGGAAGCCUGGAAUGGUGUCAUUCACCCCAUUAUCAUGGUCUGUUCGGUUGAAAAUCAUAAAGGGAAUUGCGAGAGGCUUGGUUUAUCUUCAUGAAUUCAGCACUAAAAAAUAUGUUCAUGGAGAUCUGAAGCCAAGUAAUGUGCUUCUUGGACAGAACAUGGAACCACACAUUUCUGAUUUUGGACUUGGUCGACUUGCUACUAUUGCUGGAGGGUCCCCAACACGGGAAUCUAAUCGAUCUACCUUGGAAAAACCACUAGAGAGGCAACAGAAGGGUGAGCCAAGCUCAGAAGUUGCCACAGUUUCAUCUACAAACUUGGUAUCUUAUUACCAGGCUCCUGAAGCACUAAAAGUUCUAAAACCAUCACAAAAAUGGGAUGUUUACUCUUGUGGAGUUAUCUUACUAGAAAUGAUCACAGGAAGGUCGCCAGUGGUCUGUGUCGGUACCUCAGAGAUGGAUCUCGUUCACUGGAUCCAGCUUUGCAUUGAAGAGCAGAAACCACUUGUAGAUGUCUUAGAUCCGUACUUAGCUCCUGAUGUGGAUAAGGAAGAAGAAGAGAUUGUUGCCGUUUUGAAGAUUGCAAUGGCUUGUGUUCAUAGCAACCCUGAAAGGAGGCCUACGAUGAGGCAUGUCUCUGAUGUUUUUAACAGAUUGGUUAUAUCCUCUGCUUAAGAAAUCUAACGGCAUUGUCAUCCAAUACUCUAGUGGUUCUCGAAAAUCUUCAGUUACAUUGAGAAGGGGUUUCAAAGGAUUUCAAAGAAGAUUGUUUUUGGCCUCUUUCCGUGGAAACACGUACCUCUAUCAAAUUCAUUGUAGCGGUGUGAAGAGUAAUGAUGACAUCUGUGUAAUUUCAUGUCUUUGUUCAUGUUAGGAUUCUGUCCUUUGGUAUUAUUACGUGGAGACUAGGUGAAAUUAGGUAUGCUAUAAGACACAAGAGCAUGCUUGCUACUGGGUUUGGUAAUUGUUGGCAUUACGAUUGUGGAAGCUGAUGUUUAUUUAAAAUAUUUUUAUUUAAAAAUAUAUUAAGAUAA